ACCUGUCAUUCACUAGUCAUUGGACAGACAGUGUAUGCUUCUUUGAACAUUUCCUAUCCGGACGGUGGCAAAAUGGGCAAGCUCAAUCUAACUACAGGUCUCUGUUUGAUCUUCGCCAGCUUGGGUGUACCUGGCCUUGCAGGACAUCUUCCAGCUUACCAAGGACCAUCACCCUGUGCACAACCAAACGGGCUAUUCCCCAACCCUGCUGAUCCACAUUCGUUUUACAACUGUGAUUGGGGAAAAGGCACCCUCCAAUACUGCCCAGUAAAUUUGGUGUAUAAUCAUGCCAUUAAGGCAUGUGACUAUCCCCCAAACAAGUACCCCGUGAACCAUCACAAUGUGAAACCUACUCCAACCAAGAAGAUUUAUACAACAAGAACCACCACUAAAUCCCAGAAAAACCCCUGUUAUGGAGGACAAAAUGGGCCAUACCCCAACCCUGCUAAUCCACAUUCGUUUUUCAACUGUGAUUGGGGACACGUCUACCUCCAAUACUGCCCACUAGAUUUGGUGUAUAAUCAUGCCAUUAAGGCGUGUGACUAUAAAAACCACCCUUAUGGAGGACAUACUACAACCAGUCCGACUACCACGACACCAACAACAAAAGGCCUUACCAUAAACCCCUGUUAUGGACAAAAUGGGCUUUACCCCAACCCUGCUGAUCCACAUUCGUUUUACAACUGUGAUUGGGGAAAAGGCACCCUCCAACACUGCCCAGUAAAUUUGGUGUAUAAUCAUUACAUUAAGGCGUGUGACUAUCCCCCAAACAACUACCCUGGGAACCAUCCCGUUGUGAAAACCACUCCAACCAAGAAGAUUUAUACAACAACAAAAACCACCACUAAAUCCCAGAAAAACCCCUGUUAUGGAGGACAAAAUGGGCCAUACCCCAACCCUGCUGAUCCACAUUCGUUUUUCAACUGUGAUUGGGGACACGUCUACCUCCAAUACUGCCCAGUAGAUUUGGUGUAUAAUCAUGCCAUUAAGGGGUGUGACUAUAAAAACCACCCUUAUGGAGGACAUACUACAACCAGUCCGACUACCACGACACCAACAACAAAAGGCCUUACCAUAAACCCCUGUUAUGGACAAAAUGGGCUUUACCCCAACCCUGCUGAUCCACAUUCGUUUUACAACUGUGAUUGGGGAAAAGGCACCCUCCAAAAAUGCCCAGGAAAUCUGGUGUACAAACAUUCCAUAAGGGCUUGCGACUAUUACGCUUGGUAAACUAUCAGCUUCCGGAAUCAUUCGAAAAUCUAUUGGGGGUGUAAUCUAAUAUUAGGGGCUUCAAUGCUGUUAUGUAUGAGGUAGUUUUACAUUGUCGGUGUAUCUGAUCCUACGGGGUGCUCUCUUUGGUUUAUGUGUAGCCAUUGGUGGAUUGAUUGGACCCUCACUAUGGCAUAUAUUAGGUGUGUUCUGUGUAGAAAUGAUUCAUAUUGGCUUUUUGAGGGUUUUGUUUUAAGUUUCGUUGUUCUGUAUUGAUUACUCUUUGCCUAUCCGCCAUUAGUGACAAUAAAGACAUAAUACACCUCUAUAAAACCAGUGUCAUGAUCGUGUCAGUAUUA